AUGGCACAACACAAAGGAUUAACUGCUCCGCAAAACACUUUCCUCAAUACCAUUGUGGCUCGAGCAGAUGGCGCAUACGACGCGUUUGUGCUGGGCAAUGCGCAGCCACAACACUAUCCAAUUGUCUAUUGUUCUGACGGGUUCCUGGUCCUUACUCGUUAUCCUCGGGCCAGUGUGAUGUCGCGUAGUAGCGUUUGUCACUUUCUCUGGGGACCAAAAACCUCUGCCAAAGAUCGAGCACGGAUACUGAAAGCGUUCAGACGUCGAGCGGAACUGUUUUUGGAACUGGUAUUCUACAAACGAACAGGUGAGCCAUUUCUUUGUGAUCUGAAUAUCAAUCCAAUCAAGAAUGAAAAAGGAUGCGUAGUGUUGUUCUUGUGCAACUUCAUCGGUGUUAGCUCAUCGCGCGGACGGAAACGUCCAAGCAUCAAUACGGCUUUGUCCUAUGGUCAGUUGAAUCACCUACAUUUACGUGAACCCCCUAUUGCUCAAAGUCGUCCCGGGAGCAGGAGUAGUCUACCGAACAAUGCGAUUGCCAUGGAGGAACCAGGAACCGGAUCCAAGUGUGAUUCAUCUAAAGCGAUGAUCAGGUAUCGAACCCGAAAGUCUGACGACUACCUUCGCAGAUCGUAUACUGAUCUGACCAAACUAAUUCACCAGAAUCACCUGUCUGGCCAAGGGGAAUCUCAGGACACCUCGGAAUUGGAACAAAACAAGUACGCAGAUGAGCAUUCAGUUCUACCUAAUCACCGAGUAAUGUUGGCCAAUUCCGUACGCAGUUCCUCAUCUGACCGGACAGCAAACAUUGAGCCAGACUAUUCCGGGUUAUCUUAUUCCUUCACUGCAAAUCAAUCGAGUGAAUUGAACGCCCUAGGAGGGGAACCCGGCGUGUACAGUAUGCCUGCUCGAAUGAGACUCCGAUUGGAUCCAAGCACACGGGAGAAAUAUCCGGUGAGCAGCGAGACGGUACCUGUGCCGGCCGGAUCGUUAGACUUAAACGAACCGUUUAAUGUGACUCAAGGGAAGCUUCCAGUUCCCGAGUAUUCAAAUGUGAAAAUAUCCCAGCUCUCAUCUGCAUCAUCCGCGAGCAAUUUGCCAGACAAACCGUAUUCCCCUCAAUCAUCACAAUCCCUGUUACGUCAGAAUACCGUCGGUUCGCAUCAACUUAUUACCGGUAUUGGUGAGGCGAUCGGGCUUCGUGCGCAUGAAAAACACGACGUAAUGUCCGGCAAACAACACGCAGCUUCUCGGUUUCAACAUCAACCAUGGAGUUUCAACGGCACAUUUGAUUGUACCGGUGGAUCUGUUCGGUACGAUGAUGAUAUGCACGAGGUUCAAACAGAUUUUUCUAACGAACGUCCUCUGUUCAAUGGGAAUGGGCAUAAAACACAUUCCGGAAAAGGUCUGAGUAUUGAUCUGGUAUGUGAACCGGAAACUGAGGAUUUACAAAACAUGGGCAAAUGUUGUCCCAUUUCGGUGAACCAUAUUGUUCGCAAUAUACCAGAUGUUCACCAUGAUCCGGAUGCUGUUUUCUCCUUCGAAUCAUGGUAUAAAUGCUAUGAGGACAUAUUCACGGGCGAGCAUGGUUCCUACGAUGAAGCCCCACGAAUUUGUCUUCUGUUAUGCCAAUUGGAUCCAACAGAACAUAACCGUUACUCCAACUACAUACUUCCGGCGGAACCACGAACACUGAAGUUCCCCGAUACGAGCAAACCGCUAAAGAAGAUAAUCGGACAAACGGUUCCCUUAUUCAAUAUUCGCUCAAGCGGUAUCGAUGUCGAGGCCUCGCCCAAUAUUCAAAGCUACAAAAGUUGCGGCGUCGUGCGUUCUCCACCCCGUGGCAACGUGGAAUCAUUUCCGGUGCAAAACAAAGGCUCCACUAUGAUCCGGUUUCUCUCUGGCCUACUUCAAGCUUUCCGAUUGCUCUCGUCGAAUAGAGCAACUGGCUUGACAAAGGAACGAAGGAGAACUUCAACCGGGCGAUGCCACUUCACCAAAUCACCGGGUCAGCGGGUGACGGAGUCCAACGACAACACAACCAUGAAAUCCAUGUGUACGAGAUCGCCAGGACGUAUGGGAAAACAUCAGUCCAGUCGUAACUUUACCCUUGGCUCAGUAACCGCGUCUUCCGUGUGUGAGCCCCCGUACUCGCCUGCUUCAUCGUCCCCCUCCACCUCGUCGUCCAAUUCCUCCACCUCUUCCUCCCUAUCGACCAAAACUAGCAGUGAUGUGGAUGAACCGGAUCCAAGCAAUUAUAGUUUCAAACGACGGAAAUCAUUUGCUAUUUUGCACAAUAUUCCGCUCAGGAAACAGAAGAAACGUAACACGGAGAAACUUAAUCAGGUAAUUGCUUAUAUUUAA